UUUUCUGUUUUCUCACGCUCACCAUCCAUAUAGCCGACGGCAGGCAGAUAGCUGCCAACAUGAGGGGCAUAGGUAUGAUGCCCAACGACAUCCCAGAAUGGAAGAAACGCGCCUUUGGUGGCAACAAGGCAUCCUAUGGCAAAAAGACUCAACUUUCUAUUCUAGAGCAAAGAGAGAGUCUUCCUAUCUACAAGCUGAAAGAGCAGCUCAUUCAGGCUGUCCAUGACAACCAGAUCCUGAUUGUGAUCGGUGAGACGGGCUCAGGGAAGACCACUCAGAUCACUCAGUACCUGGCUGAGGCUGGAUACACCACACGGGGGAAGAUCGGGUGCACACAACCCAGAAGAGUGGCAGCCAUGUCUGUGGCUAAAAGAGUGUCGGAGGAGUACGGUUGUUGUUUAGGUCAAGAGGUUGGAUACACCAUCCGUUUUGAGGACUGCACAAGUCCCGAGACU